CCGCUCCCGGACACGGAAGUGUCGCAGCGCAGGACGGGACGCUUCGCAGGGCGGCGAGGGAAGGUCAAAUGGCGGCGCUGCUGGGCGGGCUGGCUUCUUUAGGCUCCGCGGCCGGCAGGCAACUUUUGCCUGUUCCCACAUUCAGUGCAACUGUGGUGAGAUUUGCAUCCAAAAAAAGUGGAGGCAGCACCAAAAAUCGCGGAGGGAACAGAACUGGGAAAAGAUACGGCUUCAAAAAAUUAGAUGGACAAUUUGUUCACGCAGGCAACAUAUUGGCCACCCAGCGUGUGAUUCGGUGGCAUCCGGGAGCUCACGUGGGGAUGGGAUACAACAAGUGGUUGUAUGCUCUUGAAGAUGGAAUUGUGAGGUUCACGAAAGAAAUCUACGUACCGCCUGCCCGUGGCAAGGAAAGCCGAGAAGUGAUCUGCCAGUUGCCCAAAGGAGCUGUGCUGUAUAAAACUUUCAUCAACGUUGUUCCUACUGAAAAAGUGGGAAGUUUUAAGUUGAUCACCAUGAUCUGAGAGCUAGUUCUGAAUGACUUUUGGUUAGUCCUCUGCAGCUGGGAACGAAGCAAUAUUUGGAGCAUCUACAGCAUAUCAUAAAGAGACAUGCCCUUAACGCACACCUCUGAUGUGCUGCUGCUGAAAUAAAGAUUGAUAGUAUUUCUUUUCCAAAACACAACAGCAGUACUACUGCUGAUUUCGGAGGAACCAUCUCAAGAUAAUUCUUUAUUCUUGGGGUAAAAGCAGAUGCUAGAGGUAGGUUUCCAAUUUAAGAUUGAGUAUUCUCAGCAGAUUUCAUACACCAGUAAUUAUGUCUCCCUGCAGACAUAUGAAAUUAUUUCUUCCCAACUUCAGCACAUCACAAUCUGGGUACAGAAUGUACACGUUGUAAUGUCAUGAUUUGUACAUUAUACCAAUGUAUGCACACAAUAAACUUUUGCAGUGUUGCCCACUA